GGAACAAGCAGUUCGACACACAUUUCAGACUCUCGGUGUCUCACAUAGUUCGCGUCGGGUCACGUAGUGUUUUGUAAUUUGAUUUAAAUGGAGGAGCGCUAUGCCUUUCUUGCUGAGUGGUAUGACCCCACUGCAGAUCUCUUACGGCGCUACCAGCUGUUCUUCUACCCCACAGAUGGUUCAUUGGAAAUGUUUGAUGUGAAAAACCGUCGGAUGUUUUUGAGAAGGACCAAAUAUGAUGACCUCCAUCAAGAGGACCUGUUCAUUGGAAAUCGAGUAAAUGUUUUUUCACGGCAGCUCAAUCUGAUUGAAUAUGGAGAUCAGUACACAUCCAGCAAACUUGGCAGCAAAAAAGAAAGAACUCUUGCACUGAUUAAGCCAGAUGCUGUUACGAAGAUUGGAGAUGUCCUUGAGUUAAUAUAUUCCCACAACCUGAUUGUGAUCAAAGCCAAAAUGACGAAGCUUACAUGGAGCCAAGCUGCAGACUUCUAUGCGGAAUAUCAGUCAAAACCUUUCUUCAAUAACCUGCUGCAGUUUGUCACCUCGGGCCCUGUGGUUGCCAUGGAGCUGAUGGGUGAUGAGGCCAUAUCUGUCUGGAAGAGCCUUCUGGGACCUACAGAUUCUGCUGUUGCACGAAAAGAGGCGCCACAGAGUGCUCGUGCCAAGUUUGGAAUAGAUGUUGUCGAAAAUGUUGGACAUGGCUCUGACUCAGUUGCGGCGGCAACAACGGAAAUCGAGUUUUUUUUCCCAUGCACAGUUGGCCACGGUCCUUCCAACACUGCUGUCUACACAGACUGCACAUGCUGUAUCAUCAAACCUCACGCCGUGUCAGAAGGCCUGACUGGGAAGAUCUUGAACUCUAUAACUGCAGCUGGAUUUGAAAUCUCAGCCCUUCAAAUGUUCACUGUGGACCGAGCAAAUGCAGAAGAAUUCUAUGAAGUUUACAGAAGUGUUGUUCCAGAAUAUCCUAGUAUGGUGACUGAGCUGUGCUCUGGAUCCUGUGUGGUUCUUGAGAUUCGUGGCACAGAUGCACCAAAGACAUUCCGUGAAUUCUGUGGUCCUGCUGACCCAGAAAUCGCACGCCAUCUUCGUCCAACAACACUUCGUGCACUUUAUGGCAAAGACAAGGUGAAAAAUGGCGUCCACUGUACAGACCUCCCUGAAGACGGCGUUUUGGAGGUGCAAUAUUUCUUCAAGCUUUUGGAUCCCUAAUGUUUAAAUAAUUCCAAGAGCCGAGAAACGUCUUGUUUCACUGUUUAUUGUUUCAGCCUUAUGCAGAUUAAAUAAAGUGACAAGAGCAGACUCCUGACAAGUGUUUUGAUCUUGAACAUAGAUUUAAUUAUUUUCACAUCAACUAAACACCUUGUUACACGGGAUACUGCAUUGCCUUGGAUUUUCUGAAUUUUGACCAGCGACUUUGGUAUUUGGAUUCAUACAUUACACUUUGAAG